AUGGAUAUGGAUGCUUCAAUCCAUGACCAGGCCCGGGCUCAGAUAGAGAAGCUCUUGGCCGCGGAUUCGCGCGGCAGCAAGUUGAAAGCUUACACUCAUGUCAGAAACUUCAAGUACAUCAAGUCGAUGCUUGGCGGCGUCGAUGAGAACCUGCUUGACGUUGGGGUGAAUGGCAUCUUGAUGGACCUUGGAAUCUCAUCCAUGCAGUGCUGGCAAAAAGAAGAAAACAAGCUUUUUUUUCAGAGCUACAGAAGCCAACACCACAAGGGAUUUAGUGUGCAAGGUGAUGGACCUUUGGAUAUGCGCAUGAAUCCUCAGGUUAGAGUUCAGAUUGGGAGUUUGCUCAGCGCCCGCGCCAUACGAGUGCAGUCAAGAACUGCUGUUCAAAAGCUGGCAUUUUACUACGACUGGUUGGCCAACAGCUCAAAGCUUGCCAGAAAUAAUAUCACUCCCUUUCAUGUUAAGAGUUGA